AGCCGUCCCCGGCGCGCUCUCUCUGCCCGCAGGCAACGUGAAGCAGUUCGCCCUGUUCCUGUACGACGCCGUGGUGCUGCAGUACAUGGACACGCUGAAGCUGGCGGUGCCCUCGCUGAUCUACACGCUGCAGAACAACCUCCAGUACGUCGCCAUCUCCAACCUGCCGGCAGCCACCUUCCAGGUCACCUACCAGCUGAAGAUCUUGACCACGGCUGUCUUCUCCGUCCUGAUGCUCCACAGGAGCCUGUCGCGCCGGCAGUGGCUGUCGCUGCUGCUGCUGUUCGCCGGCGUGGCCAUCGUCCAGGUGGAGCAGGGCCAGGCGGGCGGGCAGAGCUCCCCGGGCUCGGCCCCCCAGAGCUACGCGGUCGGCCUGGUCGCCGUGGUGGUCUCCUGCCUCUCCUCGGGCUUCGCCGGCGUCUACUUUGAGAAGAUCUUGAAGGGCAGCUCGGCCUCCGUCUGGCUCCGCAACGUGCAGCUCGGCAUCUUCGGGACCCUGCUGGGGCUGGUGGGCAUGUGGUGGGCCGAGGGGGCGGCCGUGGCCGCCCAGGGCUUCUUCCACGCCUACAGCCCGCUGGUGUGGGGCGUGGUCCUCAACCAGGCCUUCGGCGGCCUCCUGGUGGCCGUGGUGGUGAAGUACGCGGACAACAUCCUCAAGGGCUUCGCCACCUCGCUCUCCAUCGUGGCCUCCACCGUGGCCUCCAUGUACCUCUUCGGGUUCCGGCUGCACCCGCCCUUCGCCCUGGGGGCUGGGCUGGUCAUCGGGGCCGUCUACAUGUACAGUCUGCCCAAGGCCGGGCCGCCCCUGGGCCCCCGCCAGGAGCCCACCACCCCGCCGCCCCUCGGCAAGGAACCCAGCGAGCCGGGCUACCUGCCCAAGUCAGUGCUGGUUGAGUGAGGCCUGCUAGGGGGGUGGGGUGGGGGGUCUCUCCUGGGCUGUGAGCCCCUCCUGGUCUCCCCUGCCCCCUCCAUCUGUCCUUGCCCCCCCACAUCUCCCUGCCCCUCCUACCUUGGCUCCUGCCCCAAGUCUCCCUCACUUGAGAGGUCUUUGGGGGGAAGCAUGUCCCCCUUUUCCAUCCCCUCCAAGCAUUCUGCUGCUGCUCCCCUCUGGAUCCCCUGCCCCACAUCUGUCCCCCGCCCUGCUCCACUUCAGACCCUGUUCCCCUCUCCUGGGGCAGGAUGACAGACCCCCGACGCUCAGCCCAGGAGAGGCAUUUAGGUGCACACUACAGGGGGGAGAGGUUAUGUGGGGGUCACCUCCAGCCCCCCAAGAGACCAUGAUUCCCCCCCCCCCCGAGCCGCAGGGGCCGGCAAAUGGAUUGAGCCAGAGGAUUAUUUUUGUACGAUACCAAAGCAGCCCCGAUGGCCGGUGCAUCAAGACGGGGGGCGGGAGGGAGCCCCCAGGAAUGGCUCGGCCGUACCAAGCUGGCACAUGGAGGAAGGACUCACCACCCUUCCAAAGGGCGAUGAUUCGCCCAGGCACUGUGGGAGUGCUGCCCCCUGGACUCCCCACAGCACCCCCUUUGUCGGAGUAGUCUCACGCACAGCCCCCCAACUUGUUAAGUUGAGGGAAGGAGCUGGGAACCAGGACUCCUGGGUUCUCUCCCUGGCUCGGGGGGGGGGGGGAAAUGGGGUCUAGUGGGUAGAGCAGGGGGGCUGGGAGUCAGGACUUGCUGUCUGUAAAUUUCAGCGGAGUUCCUCCCCCAACACUGUGACUCAGUUUCCCCCGGGUGUUCCAGGACGCGGACCUGGGGCUCGGCUGGGUGGGAGCCAUUAAUUACUAACCCAUAUCUCCCCGGUGGGAGGCGGCGUCCCUGGGCGGGCAGAUCCCGGGGGCAGUGGGGACAGAGGAUGCUGUGGUACCAUACAGCGGGGAGCAGACGGUGUGAACAUGCAGCGCCCCCCGACUCCACUGCAAACCCCUUCCCAGCAGCUGGGGGGCUGGCCCCAUUGCCGCUGCUGGGGGCUAUCCCCAGGGACUCCAUGGAGUGACGGCUGAUGGACGCCGGGGGGCUGGCCCCUACCUCAGACAAAUGAGAUGACUAGAUAUAUUUUGUGUCACUCUACCCUGUGCUGCUAUUGAGGGGUGGGGGCCUGGGAGCCAGGACACCUGGGUUCUCUCCCUGGCUCUGGGAUGGGAGUGGAGUCUAGGUGGUUAGAGGAGGGGAGACUGGGAGCCAGGACACCUGGGUUCUCUCCUGGGCUCUGGGAUGGGA